AACUCUCUUAGCAAUGACCUAUUCCAUUUUGCCCUUUCCCUGGUUAAAUUGGAAUAUCACUCUUGAUCUCCUCAUAACACUCCAAGGUCUGGAAUCUAGUUGCAAAGUCUGCAUUGUAAGAAUUUCGCACCGAGCGUCAAUGAAACUUAUCUCAGACUUCAUGUGUUGGUACUUAGAUAUAGAGCCAAACUAUCUCUGAGAACAAUUUGUCUCUUCUCAUGUGACCUCAGCUGUCUUAAGAAAUUUUAGGAGCAGAUUCCAGUGUUGCUAUAGGUACAGAUUUCAAGUGACCAGGCAAACUGAGCCAGCUCAUCCUGAAUAAGUAAUAAAUAUACACACAUAGGAAUAGAACUGACAGGUUUUUGUCACUUCAAGAUUGAGUCUGAAACCUGACAAACAAAAUAUCACUAAGAGCUGCUGCAGUUGCAUAAUAAUUACCUUCAAAAUGGGAUGCAGUGCGUUGUGUGUUUUUUGUUCUUGUUUAUAAACAAUUAGAUACCAGGUAAUGAUAUUGCAAUAAAAUGGAAGAAAAAUACACCCACAUACAAAAUCUUCUCGAAACUAAAGAGCCUUCAUAAUUGAAAAGCUUACCUCCUAAUAGGAAAACUAACUUUCAAAGGCAGAACAAAUCAGAAAUGAAAAAAUUGGUACAGUUUAAAUUUUAAUGGGAGUAGCCAAUAACUUAAGACCAUCCAUCUAGGUACUAUAGUUUUCCCAAGAUUUCAAAUGGAUUUUACGCUUAGAACUAAAUCAGAUGUUAACCGCCUAUAGGCGUGACAUGGUUAAUAGGCUAAAAGUCAAACCAAACAAAGAUGCAUUUGUAUCCUCCAACCAUCUGAGGAAGAGUAGAAAUAAUUUGACAGUAGUAAAUGCUCUCUUUGUGUAGCGUAAGUGUCACAGAGUCACCCGGCCAAUGCUCUGGAACUACUCCAUACGAAGCCUGUCAGGACUCUGGUGUAGCAUGCCUCCUCUCUCUGAGCAUAUUAUCACCAGGGCAAGAAGCUUACACAGCUUCAACUUUCCUGGGUUGGACCUUGGAGCAUUCAGCAUCCCUUUCCUCUCUGUGCGCUUCCUGCAGCAAGUCUUCCCCAGGCGGGGCUCUUGGGAAAGCCAGAGGGCCCUGCACCUCAGCUCCUGCAGUCAGCAGUGACUCUCAGCCAGUAAGUAGAACAGAAGGGUUUGUUAGUUGACAGGAACACAGAGUAGAACAGAACUUGCUAACACAGAAAUCAUUGACUUUCAGCCAAGUCCAUGGGGAGUCCUGGGCCAGAUGGCCUGGACUCCCCCUCUUUCAGUCCCCCCCAAGCAGACUACCAAGCUACCAGUGAUCGGACCUGCGACACCCUGUUGCUCCUCCUCUUUGUCCUGCUUCCUGGGCAACCCGAUUACCACCACUGAAAUACUGUCACAGUACAUAGGGAAGCAGAGGUACGCACGGUAUUCGAAUAGGACAGUAAGACACUCAUGCAACAUAAGGAAUCCAAUCUGUUGCAUAGUUCCAGUAGAGACUGGGGAAUUGGAGAAAGAGGAGAAGCUCAUGAAGCUCCUUGGAAGCUUUCUAGUUCCUCUCCAACUCGCUACUCGGGGACACUUGAUCGUCCAUGGUCUGGAAGAUUUUUGGGAAGCAGAAGCAGAUUGUCUACAUCCUCCUCCUCUCCUCUUUCAUCUACUUGGUAUGGUGAAUCUGAGAGAACUCAGGGAGCAUACUCAAGACUACAUAACCAGCAGCGGGAUAGUGAUUCAAAGAGACCUAAGCUUUCCUAUGCAUCUACCUCUUCUGUGAGAAGUAAUGGCUUAAAUUCAGUUUCAGAUUCCUCAUGGAGGUAUAAUCAAGUUCCUAGAUCUUCAUCAGUGGUACUCAGUUCUCUGGGAACUGAGCUAGUGAGAGAGAGGAGAGAGCUAGAAAGGAGAACAGAUCCAUCUGUUAGCAGUCUUGUGGAUUAUAGUCACAGGAGUGGUGACUUUACAUCUUCAGCAUAUCUUCAGGAUAGACCUGCCUCUUCAUAUGCACAAGGAGCAAGACCAAAAGAUAAUUCAUUGAGCACUUUGAGGCUGAAUACAUCCAUGAACCGCCAGCUGCCUUCUGAACAUGAGUCAUCUUUAUUCUCCGGAGUCUCCAGCAGGAGCUCUUCAAGAUCUAACUAUUCUACAAGGGAAAUGGAAUCUUCCCAAAGGAAUAUACAGCCAGAGUUUACCCACAUUGCCAUUAGAGAUGAAAUUCCUUCUACAAGCAGCACUGAAAGGGUUGCGUCUCAAAGGUCACUCAGUGAGCCUCCAGCAGAUACUGAAGGAAGGCGUACAACUAGACAAUUACUAUCUCGUUUAGCUUCUAGUAUGUCAUCUACAUUUUUCUCACGGAGGUCUAGCCAAGACUCAUUAAAUGCAAGAUCAUCAGAGUCUGAAGAUUCAUGUGUUGUCCCAAGAGUUCAAACUUCUACCCAAUCUAGCACUAAUGCAACUGCACGUCCUGAAGUUCCAGGCAUUCAGACACCUGAAGCUUCUCAGGGAUUUAGCUUCCUUAGACGAAGAUGGGGUUUAUCAGGUGUUUCACAGAAUCCUAGUUCUGAUUCAGAUCCUGAAAGUUACAGACAAGAGUCUGAAAGUAGAAAUACAGGAUCCUGGUUGUCAUCAUCUCUAAGAAAUAGAUGUACACCUCUGUUCUCCAGAAGAAGGCGAGAAGGAAGAGAUGAAUCUGCAAGAACCUCUACCUCUGACACACCUGCUAGAUCACUACACCUCUUUAGGAGAAGAGAGUCUAGUGAAGAGACUUCACUUGAAGCACAGAGCAGCUCCCCUGGGGCUGCUGCCAACAGACCACCAACACCAGCAGUAUCUAGCAGUCCUACAACUACUGCUUCCACACCAGAUUCAGCUCACAGUAGAAGAAAUUCUGGAAUAUCAGGAAUUCUUCCUGGCUCUUUAUUCCGGUUUGCAGUACCUCCAGCAUUAGGGAGCAGCAUAUCUGACAAUGUUAUGAUAACGGUAGAUAUUAUUCCCUCAGGUUGGAAUCAACCUGAUGGAGAAGAAAAUGACAAGUCUAAAGUAUUACCUUCAAGAGAUCCUGAAAAACUCCAGAAAAUUAAAGAGAGCCUCCUGUUAGAGGACACUGAAGAGGAGGAAGGUGACUUAUGUAGAAUCUGCCAGAUGUCAUCUGCAUCUUCUACCAACCUCUUAAUAGAGCCAUGCAAAUGCACUGGAAGUCUGCAGUAUGUUCAUCAGGAAUGCAUGAAAAAAUGGCUGCAGUCCAAGAUUAAUUCUGGUUCUUCUUUGGAAGCAGUAACUACCUGUGAGCUGUGUAAAGAGAAGUUGCAUCUUAAUCUUGAGGAUUUUGAUAUUCAUGAACUCUAUAGGGCACAUGCAAAUGAACAAGCAGACUAUGAAUUUAUCAGCUCUGGUCUCUACCUUGUAGUGUUGUUACACUUGUGUGAACAACGCUUUUCUGAUAUGCUGGGAACUGCAAGUGAGGCCAGCACACGUGUCAGGUUUAUUAACCUUGCAAGAACUCUUCAGGCACAUAUGGAAGAUAUUGAAACUUCAGAGGAUGAUUCUGAAGAUAGUGAUGCUGGCAGAAGUUUUGACACUGCUUAAUGCUGCAAGAGCCAAACAGAAGUGCUGCAAAGAUGCUGAACUGAGUACCAUCAAUAUGCAUUUAUUUUUUGCUCUUUAGUAGAAAGCGCAUUGAAUAUUACUAUAGUUUUUAAAGCAUUACUGAACUCAAUCUAUUGCUGCAUACCAGAACACAAACAGUGAAUUUGAAAAGUAUUCAGCAAGGUUUGCAAGAGUUAGAUAUACAACGCUGUAUCCCCUUUGAGAUGGGAUGUUAUGCCUCAUUUUGAAAAAGUAGAUUUUAAAUAUUUGAGGAAGUCCUAUCUCCCUUUAUAUUAACUUCUUACUAUAGUCAGUUAGAUUGCUGGAUUGGUCUAUCACGUUUUUCUCCUAUACUGGUAAUUGUGUGUUUUUUGGGUGGCGGGACCCAUGUACUUAUAGCAUAAAUUUUCCUUUUAAAAAUGCUUAUGUUGUAGUUUCUUAUAAUCACUUGCUUCCAGUGUUAACAUAGGAUGAAUGGGUACUGUAAAACUACAGUAUUCGGUUUCCAAAUUUUAUUUGAAGAGUGUUUAAACUCAACAGCAAUAAGAACAUGCAAGGGGCUUCUACUAUUAAAGUGAUAAUGAUAGCUUUUUUAUGUACUGAUUUGGAAAUUUGAGAUUAUAUUUGAUAUUAUGUGGAUAUUCCAUUAAGGAAGUAUUGCAGCUGUCAACUCUUGCAUUUUGGCAUUCCUGGCAGAAAUGCAACUUGAUAGGAUUUAAAAUCUUAAUUGACCCGUUUAGCUUAAAAACCUUUUUUAGAUCUCACAUUCACUGUUAAAGCACUGGUUAUAUCAAUGUGUUUUCUAGUGUUGUCACUUCUUUAUAAAUAAAGAUGAUGCAUAGAA